UUCCGGUCAGAGCUUCGCCAGCGUUGUAUCCGGUCGGGAGCGGCGGAACUGGAGUGGUCCUUGCUGGGCAGAGGAUAUGAACUUUGCAGACCUGGCCAUUGCCUUCUCCCAGGAGGAGUGGGGACUCCUUGAUGAGGCUCAGAGACUUCUGUACUGGAAUGUGAUGCUAGAAGUCUUUGCCCUUGUAGCAUCUGUGGGUUGUUGGCAUAAAAAGGAAGAUGAGGAGGCCCCUUGUGAGCAGAGUAUAUAUGUAGAAGAAGAGUCACAGGCUGGGGUUUCUAAGACAUCUCCAGCAACUCAGAAAGCCCUUCCUUGUCAGCAGUGUGUCUCAGUCUUGAAAGCCAUAUUGAACCUGACCGAGUUCCAGGCAGCAUACCUUGGGCAGAAAGCAUUCUUCAGUGAUGCCUGUCUGAGAGGCUUCAGUUUCAGUGCAAACCUUCACCAUCAACAGAGGCCUUCCAGUAGAGAGAAGCCUUGGAAAGGAUAUAUGGACAGGGCCUCCUUUGUGACCAGGUAUAGCUCUUACGUAUCAAGUGCACCUUUCAUCAAUAGGGAGGUUACAGAGGAAUUUCCAGCCAUCUCAGACUUUCUCCUGCACCAGGCCACUCCUAGCAGUCAGGAACAAUGCAGUGGGCUGUCCUUACCUGGUGAAUGUGAAGAAACUUCUGGCCACACCAAGGAAUUUGUUCAACAACAGAGUGUCUACUCUGGAAAAGAGCUUUACGAGGGUACCAAAUGUGGAAAGGCUUCCACACAAAUUUUUAACCUCAUUCCACAUAGGAGAGUUCACACCGGAGAAAAGUUGCUUGUUUGUGGUGAUUGUGGGAAGUCCUUCAGGCAUAGAUCUAACCUUUGUCAACAUCGAAAAAUUCACAGUGAGGAAAAGCAGCAUGAGUGCACUGUCUGUGGGAAACAUUUUCACUACAAAUUUACCCUUGUUGAUCAUCAGAGAAUUCACACUGGUGAAAAGCCUUAUGAGUGUAAUGAAUGUGGGAAAUUUUUCAGAAAAAAGGAUAAACUCAUCGAUCACCUCAAAUGUCACACUGGUGAAAGGCCUUUUGAGUGUUGUGAAUGUGGGAAAUCUUUUCGUCGUAAGCAUCACCUCCAGAGACAUGGAAGACUUCACACCAGAGAAAUGCCUCAUGAGUAUAGUGAGUUCAGGAAAUCUCUUAAUCGUCAGAGGCGUUCUGUUAAACGUCGUCAAGUUCAUUCUCUAGAAAAAUCAUAUGAGUGUGGUGAAUGUGGGAAAUGUUUUCGUCGCAAAUACCAAUUUAUUACGCAUAAGACAAUUCACACUGGAGAAAAGCCCUUUGAGUGUACUGAUUGUGGGAAGUUCUUCAGGCUAACCUCUCUCCUCCUCCAACACCAGAGAAUUCACACUGGAGAAAAGCCCUUUGAAUGCAGUAUGUGUGGGAAGGCCUUCAAACAAAAAUCAGCCCUCAUUCAACACCAGAGAAUUCACACUGGAGAAAAGCCCUUUGAGUGCAGUGAGUGUGGCAAGUCCUUCAAUCAGAAAUCUGCCCUCAUUCAACACCAGAGAAUUCACACUGGAGAAAAGCCUUUUGAGUGUAAUGAUUGUGGGAAAUCUUUCAGACAAAGCAGUAAGCUUAUUGAUCACCUCAGAGGUCACACUGGGGAAAGGCCUUAUGAGUGUAGGGAAUGUGGAAAGUGUUUUAGACAGAGCUCUACUCUUUCCCAACACCAGAAAGUUCAUAGUAGAUUAAAUCCAAACAAGUGAAGCAAAUGUGGGAAUAAAUUUAGACGAAUCCUUCUUUUUUUUUUUCCA